AUGAGACUGCUAAAGACGAGCGACCUCCAGUUUGAGGAACACCAUGGCAGUGAAACACCAGCGUAUGCAAUCUUGUCCCACCGCUGGCGUGAGCCCGAGCUCUCGUACCAGGAUAUGCGUCGAAUUCUCGAACACGGCAAUGUUCCACACGAGCCCAGGACAUCAAGCUAUCACAAGAUAAUGAAUUUUCGUGCUCAGGCGGAGAGGAGUGGCCAUGGAUACAUAUGGGUCGACACCUGUUGCAUUGACAAGGCCAGCAGUGCCGAGUACCAAGAGGCUAUCAACUCUAUGGGGCAAUGGUACGCAGAAUCGGCAAUUUGCUACGCCUAUCUCGACGACGUCGACCUUUCCAAGCUUCCCGAUGCUCCUCCUCGCAAAUUCCAGCACGAACUCGACAAACAUUUGCAGUGUUCUGAGUGGUUCACGCGAGGCUGGACGCUAGAGGAACCUAACACGUCCGACAUGAUGUGA